AGCGCAGGAGCGCUGGCGCGGCCGGAGCGGCGGCGGUGCGGGGCCGGCAUGAGCGAGCUGCGGCAGCGGCUCGGCCGGGAGCCCGGCGGGGCGCGGGAGCCCGAGGAGAAGGAGUCAGAGUCUGAGAACAGGCUGGAUGGAGAGACAGCAUCAGACAGUGAAAGCAAAUCUGACUUUGGAGGCUCAGCCCCAGUGCCAACAUCAGAUGACACUCCAGAGGUCCUGAACAGAGCUCUCUCCAACCUGUCCUCAAGAUGGAAGAAUUGGUGGGUGAGAGGCAUCCUCACGCUGGCAAUGAUUACUUUCUUCUUCAUCAUCAUCUACUUGGGACCCAUGGUCUUAAUGACAAUAGUGAUGUGUGUCCAGAUCAAAUGCUUCCACGAGAUCAUCACCAUUGGCUACAAUGUCUACCACUCCUACGACCUGCCCUGGUUCAGGACGCUCAGCUGGUACUUCCUGCUCUGUGUCAACUACUUCUUCUAUGGAGAGACUGUGACAGAUUAUUUCUUCACCCUGGUUCAGAGAGAGGAGCCCCUGAGAAUCCUCAGCAAAUAUCAUCGCUUCAUUUCCUUUGCUCUCUACUUGACAGGUUUCUGCAUGUUCGUCCUGAGCCUGGUGAAGAAGCACUACCGCCUCCAGUUCUACAUGUUUGGCUGGACCCACGUGACGCUGCUGAUCGUUGUCACCCAGUCCCACCUCAUCAUCCACAACCUCUUUGAGGGAAUGAUCUGGUUCAUUGUCCCAAUCUCCUGUGUCAUCUGCAAUGACAUCAUGGCCUACAUGUUUGGCUUCUUCUUUGGCCGCACACCUCUCAUCAAGCUCUCCCCGAAGAAGACCUGGGAGGGGUUUAUCGGAGGAUUCUUUGCCACUGUUCUCUUUGGACUGUUGCUGUCCUACAUCAUGUCUGGGUACCGCUGCUUCACCUGCCCCGUGGAGUUCAACAACGACACCAACAGCUUCACCGUGGACUGUGAGCCCUCUGAGCUCUUCCAGCUGCAGGAGUACAACAUCCCUCUGGUGCUGCAGUCCGUGGUGGGCUGGAAGACUGUCCGGAUGUAUCCCUUCCAGAUCCACAGCAUUGCCCUCUCCACCUUUGCCUCCCUCAUUGGGCCCUUUGGAGGCUUCUUUGCCAGUGGAUUCAAAAGGGCCUUCAAAAUCAAGGACUUUGCCAACACCAUCCCAGGGCAUGGAGGCAUCAUGGACCGCUUCGACUGCCAGUACCUGAUGGCCACCUUUGUGAACGUCUACAUUGCAAGCUUCAUCAGAGGUCCUAACCCAAGCAAGCUGAUCCAGCAGUUCCUCACCCUGCGGCCAGACCAGCAGCUGCACAUCUUCAACACGCUCAAAGCACACCUGGUGGACAAGGGCAUGUUGGGCAGCCUGGAGGAGGCAUAGAGAGCUGGGGGAUGGAGCAGGACUGCAGCCAGACAAGCCUCCUGGGGCAACCUCCAGGCUUGCCUGGUUUAAGACAAUAACAAGGCCUCAUUUCACUGUAACCUUUCUUCCACUCUUGGUAAAUGUUUGCAUUUGUGUUGUUUUUUUUAAGUAAUCUAUUUAUAGAGCUUUGGUUCAAAUGAGCAGAUCUGAGCUUUGCAGCUGGCAAGGAGGUGAGGUUUGGAAGGCUUCUUGGGUGAAGUAGGAGGCUGCAAGUGUCCUCCUGGGCUGUUCUUAAGCUUGGGUGCACAUGGGCAGAGCUGAAGGUUCCUUGGUGGUGCCUGGAUGCAGGAGGUGUGCAGGGUACCAGCGGUGCCACCACCUUUGCCUGGGAGCCAGCUGUGCAGCUGCCCUGGCCAUGGUGCCAGGCUGUGUGCACCAGGGCAACUCUGGGGACCAUCAUUUUCUGCCCUGGUAGCUGUGAAUGAGCUGCUCCUGCUGCCAGGCAGCCACACUGGUGCCUGUGUGCAGCCUGCUUGCAGAGGCUCUGUUUGGAAGAGGAUCUGGUCCCGGUGCAGCCACAGUCACUCGCUGGCUCUUGCAGUGCCUCUCACAUUCCCCACCCUUUGCAGCUGAUGUUUUGGCAAAUAAGAUCUUGAUCAACCAAUGAAACCAGAAACAGGUUUGGGGACAAGGAGUUGAGGGAAGUGGUGAGGAUGUGAGAGGUUCAGAUUGCUUCAGGACCGAAUCAAGCGAAGCGGUUUUAGAGGACGUGGAAGGUUCCUUGAGUAAGAACAACCCUUGAAGUAACCUGGCUCCUUUUCUUCCCCUCCCCCCACCCUUGCAGAAAGCAGUUUCCAACUUGGUUUCUUUUCUGAAGGUUGCUGGUUGGGGCUCCAGCCCCUUCCAACCCCCCACCCCCCAGCUGGGUGUUUUGGUUUUCUUUCAGGGAUCACAUCUGUCACCUUGUUUGUUACUUGAGUUCCAGAUGUUGUGCUGCUGAGUUUGUCAUGGUCUGUGUUGCAUUUCACUCUGGCUUCAUUUACCUGCAGGCUUCUGUCCUGCUCUGCUUACUCAAUCUUGUCAGGAAUAGUUUGUACUUAAGAGUUGCAAUUUCCCCCCCCCCCCUUCUGAGUCUUUCCCUUUAUUUUGUCUUACUUUUGUAUUAUUUAAGGAUGAGAGCCCUCAAGAUUGUAAAGCUUUUCCUCUCUUCUUUUUGUGAUCAGGUAGUGAAGAAGUUCCCAUGUUCCCCAACACAAAAUUGACUCUGAGUUUGCUUCUUUCCAUAGUUUGUGCAUGAGAGAGAGAGAGAGAGAAAAGCUUCAUUUUAACCUGGGGAACAAGUGACAGGGAAAAGGUACCACAGAAUUACAGCAAUGCUUUGCUGUUUCCAACCACUUGCUGGCAUUAACCUUGCACACAGGCACCCCCCCACGUGGGGACAUGCUGCAGGCUAAGCAUUGAUGGAGAAUAGACCACCUGAAAGCCAUGCUCCAGGUUCUGCCCCUGCCACUGCUUCGUUCACCCCAAGCAAGCCUCCCUUGGCAGUCCUUAGCCUCUCUCCCCUGUGUCUGCAGGACUCUCUGCAGUAAGUUCUGCUUCACCUCCCCCCCAAACAGGAACCACAGGGCUGAAGUAUGGAGCUGCUGAUGCAAAUUGCAGAGGUUGUGGAGAAGAAGGUUCCCUUUCCACCAUGUGUUCUCAGCUGGUGAAGUGGCUGGCAGCUGGCAGGAGCUGGGAUGCCACAGCAGAGGAUUGCAGUGAGUUCAUGCCUGUGGUGUAGGUGGAGGCUUUCCUGGGCUAGCUGUGGGGGCUGCUACCCUCCAAGUUAGAUUGAGAAGGGAUUUGUUUUCUGCUGCUUUAGAGGAUAUUUGUCCAAGCCCCUAAUUUGAAAGCUGAAGGGGAGAAGGAAGCUGCUUCUGUCUUGCUUGGAAAAUGUUUAGUCUGUGUUCCAUGGGUGUGGAAGUGCCAGCGGUUUGGGUAGCCCCUGAAGAAUAGUUUGCCCUGUGGGGUCAGACCAGCUGGUGCUCUGAUGGAUUCUCUCUGCCCAUUUCCAACAGCUGAUGCCCAAGUCCCUUGCAGUGCAUUGCUGGGUCCUGAGGCAGUCAGCAGGAGCAGCUGAGGAGCUUCACACAAGCGUCCUGCGCUCUGUAGUGAAACAUUUUUCACGUGUGGCCCUUGAGCCUUCUGCUUUAUGCCUUUUGUACCUCUUGAGUUGUAGUUGGAAUGGCAUAAAACCCAGCUGGAAGCUUUGCUGCAGGCUUUGGAGGUGCAUUGGGGCCCUUUGGGAGGUGCAGUGCUGGGUUUGGACACUGGGGGGCAGCAGCAGCGCUUCGCGGCCGCCUGGGGCUGGCUCAGAGCAGCAGCAGCAUCGCAGCAGCAGCAUCGCAGCAGCAGCAUCGCAGCAGCAGCAUCGCAGCAGCAGCAGCAUCGCAGCAGCUCCUGUGGGUGGUGCUUUGCCGAGCUGCUCGCAGCUGUACUCUUCCCUCCCUCCCAGCAGAGCAGUUAAAGGGUGGACUUCCACACCGGGUUUGAUCCUGAAGGGUAAAGCUACGUAGAGAAAGUUCAGCAUCCUGCAGACUGGAUGGGAAGAGAGCUUCCAGCUGAGAGAGGGAGGAGGAAGGGAGGGAGAUGAGGGAUGUGAAGGUUGGUUGUGAGCUGGAGAGCUGAGGCUGGUGAGCACUGUGGCACUUCCUCUCUUGGGCUGUGGGUGACAAACUCACUUCUGCUGUUCUGGGCUGAAGGACUGUGACAGCUCAGCUCUUGGUCACAGUGGCUGCUGUCUGGGAGCAUUUCGUGGGUCUGCUCCAUCAGCUCAGCCUCUGAGUGGCUUUUCUUUGCUGUAGAUAUGUUAAGUUAGACUUAGAAAGGUAAGAGAAACUGAAAAGCUGUUAUUAGUGGCUUUGGCUGUGCUUAAAGGAGUUGUCAGUGAUGCCAAGGGACAUGUAGCAGGACACACUGCAGCUCCUUUCAUAGCUUGAAGCCUCACAGGACCUUGGUGUGCUGCAGCCCUCAAAUUCAGCAAGGAUUCAGGUUUGGUGGAGGGCAGCAGAGAUGUCAAGGUAAGGCCAUGAGGGGAUGCUCGCAGGAAGCUUCUCCAGCUGCAGAGCUGGAGCUCAGCAUUGCACAAUGGCUUUUGUUUGCAGUGGGCUCCAUGACUGGAGAAGUUCCUCCAGCUUUUGCCCAGCAAGAGGGAAAGAACAGAUCAGAGCAGCAAGGGUGAGGAACUGUGUCAGCUGCUGCGUGUGCUUGGCAUGGAAGGAAGAGAAAAGCAGCCAGGGUGAAGCCUGAGGGAGUGCUGCUGCAGCCUGGCAGGGGACAGGCUGCUGUGGGAUCCAGCUCCUGAGGAGUGCUCUCUGCUUUUGCCCUGGGAGCAGCCAGGGAGGGAUGUGUGUGUCAUGAGCAGGGCAGUGGCAUGUGGCUGGACAGCUGCCUGGGGGAGAAGCUGUCCCUGUGAGGUGCCAGGGAAGCUGCAGGAGCUCUGCUGGUGGGUGAUGAGGUGCUCUGGGCACAGCCUGGGCAGGCUUGGCUGGGCUAGGGCUGUGUAGGUGAGCACCUGGGAUGACUCAAGAGGGAUUUGCUUCUCCAGGUCUGGUUGUAGCCCGGAGCAGGUUUCAGGCUUAGGCCUGCAGUGCUCAGUGAGACAUCAGAAGCUGCUCUGUAGAGAGGACAAUGUCCUGUGCUGAUCAGCUCCUGUCAUGGAGAGACUCCAGAAGGGAUGGGGCUGGUCUGAAGGGGCAGCCAUUGCCUGGGCACCCUGUGGCUCCUGAAGCUGGAAGUCCUGUAGUACCAGCUCAUGCCUGGCAGCAGGCUGGCAGCAGGCUGGCACCUUCCACUCUAAGAGUUGUCUCCUGCUUCUGAUGCAUGCAGCAGGUCCCCCCAAGCACGGCUGCGCUGAGAUCCUGCCCUCUCUCUUCCCCUGCCUCCUCUGACCACCUCUGUGUGGUCAGAGGAGGGCACAGCUGUAUGGAAAGCAUCCCUGGAGCCCACCCAGAGCCUCCUGGGGGCAGAUGUUUGUGCCAGAAAGCAUCAGGUGAGAGCUGCUGUGGUUCCUGCCUUCUGUAGCACCCUGGGGUUGCAGUUUGUCCUCUUGCACUCUUGGUCUGCUCCUCUUCUCCAGACCUGAUGUGUUCCUGCCAUCUGCUUCUUUCUCUGUGCACUCUUCUGUUGGUUCAUGUUUUAGCUGCCCAGGUAGAGCUGCCUCUCUUUGACUGAGUGUCUGACUGUGAUAUAUUGUAUAUUUUAAGGUAUCUACCCUAUUUAUAUACUACAUGUUACUGGUAAAUAAAUAUAAGUUCCAUUA